ACCUCCCUCCUCCUCUUCCAAACCACACACAACACCAAAGCCCUAUCUUCCGGGUUAAUCUCCUCCACACACACCACCUUUCAAAAUGACUAUCCCCUUCCCCAUGAUUGGCCCUGAGAGCUACGGCCUCUACACUCGCCGCGCUGCUCCUCGCAACGUCGCCGAGGACGCCCUCGCCAAGGAGCUCGAAUCCACCGAUGUCUCCCGCGGCCAAUUGGGCUCGCGCAGCUCCUCGGCUGCCACCAUGGCCACCACUUCCACCACCUCUUCCUCCUCCAGCUGGAGACAGAAGCUUUCGCAAAAGUACAAGAAGUUCCACUUCGCUUGAGUUUCCAUCAGUCAUUGCGAAACACACAUUGCAACCACAUCACGAAACCAACAAAACCACUAUCAAUAAUCAACCUUGAAAAACCACUGAGCACAUCCGCUCUGAUACGACAUAUUACGGCAUUUUUGGAGGAGUCAUAGAGGGUUAUG